AUGCCGUUUGGUGUAGGAAUUCCGAUAUGCAUCCAAUGUGGGACUAGGGGAAACCCUUGCCGGUGCAAGGUGGUGGGGCCGACGGUAGGAUUCUUGGCAUUCGUGGCAGCGGCGGUGGUGGAAUGGCCGGUGGGAGCUGUGGUUUAUUGCUUCAAGCACGCCAAGGGUCGCAAGAUCAUGGCUCAUCCGGCAGACGUUGUCCUUCCUUCUGUUACCAAUGCCAUUCCCCUUUGAAAUCCCAACCAUUAUUAGU